AUGUUUUGAUUGCCUAUGGCGAAAGAUUGUUUGCGGUGGUACGCGGCUUUUUAUCCGAUUCUCCCCAGCAGCAAAUAUUUUAUCUCAGAGAUUGGAUACAGGCCUUGCACGUUUUUAGUGAAAAACAAGAAAGGAACACGGACAGUUCAUUGCAGAUUGCCCUUCUCUCGAUAAAUAAUGCCACUCAACUCAUGCGACUGGAUAAUCUCGGAGGAAACGCAAAAAUCUGUAUUUGGGAAGAGAUUUUCGUGCAGUCGAGUUAUAAGAGUGUUAUGU